UCCUACCCAUCAUCAAAAACGUUUUACAUCAUAUAUCCCUUGGCGUGUUCUGAUCUUCUUUCACAUUUUCAGCAUUUCCCAAACAUUCCCAACACGUAAAAUGCCAUUAAAAGUACAUAUAGAAAGCUAAGGCCAGCUUCAAUAUCAAUUUGAAUGCUUGGUCUUUGAUUCAUGCAUGAUAUGUGUAUAUAUAUAUAUAUAUAUAUAUAUAUAUAUGCACAUACAUAUAUUCAUACAGGCAUUAAGCUUGAGUCUUGAAGCUAGCUCUUGAAUCCAUUAAGUACUAGAAAUUUACAAUGGCGGUGAGAAAUUUUUGGGCUUCUUAUAAAAUUUCAAGUCUGAUUACAUCAGUUCAUCGUUAUUGGCUUUUCGCUGGCAAUCCAUCUCAGUCACAGCACCGUGAUGUGCGUUUCUCUAACGUUGUAUAUAGUUGUUCUACACAUCAAGGGUUGAGAUUGAUUUGCACCAGUGCUGGCAGUUCUAGUGGAGCACAUCUAAAGCACAAGCCUGACCAUAUGGUGAAGGAUAAAGUGGACAAGGUUCAACCAGUACCAGUGCCACCUUCUUCUAUGCCCAGAUUUUAUAUGUGGGCAAAAUGGAUUUUGGGCUCUUUAUUGACUUUUCUACUACCUUUUUGGCAGCAAAAACUGAAAACUCUGCUAAGGUUGGAAGGGAAGGCAGAGGAAGUUGUGGAAGAGGUGGAAAAUGUGGCAGAGGAGAUCGAAAAGGUGGCGACUACAACUGAGAAGAUAUCAGCAGAGGUGGCUGAUAAGAUUCCGUUCAAUGGCAAACUCAAGGAUGCAGCAUUGUGCAUAGAACAUGUAUCUAGUGUCACAGCAAAGGAUGCUCAACAAGUACUAGAUCUUAUUCACAAGGUUGAUGAAUUGAAGCAAGACUUGAAAGACUUGGAGACAUUUGUUGAGCCAGUUAUUGAUAAGCUAAAGGAAAAGGAAGAUGAAGAAAAGUAGUAUACAAGGACAAAUUUCUUGACAUGUUUUGAAUACAUGCAAUACAUGUACCGCACAUCCCCAUAACAGGGUUGGUAUUGAAAAAAGAAAUAAUCUCAAUUUGUUUUUAAUUUCUUUAUGAAAUAAUUAAGCUGUGCAGUCUCAAUUGUUUUAUACCUUGUUUGCAUGCAACAUAGGUUUGGCUGACAACCAAUUUAUU